AUGUAUCAAAAGGCUGCUCUUUCGAUGAAGCUACUGGGCAUCAUCUAUUUAGCGCAAUGGACGCUUGCAGAGGCUGGUGGAAUAUAUCCACAUCGUGAUCAGGGUUGGGGAGAUCAACCCGAUUGCUUUUUCUCAUCUACUACAGUUCCUUGGCCACCCGUUACAAGCACUAGUAGUUCCACCACCACAUCUGAUAUUAUUCCUACCACAACUACUCCAAGUUCUACUUCGACAACAUGUACUACUUCUACUACUUCAAGUUCCACAACUCCUACGGACUCAACCACAUCUACAACCAUAACACCUACCACGACUUCUACUACUACAACUCCAACAUCAACGACGUCCACUGAUUCUACCACGUCUACUACUAGUAGUACAACAUCUACUACUACAUCAACAACUUCUAUUCCCUCCACCGAUUCAACCACAUCUACAACCAUAACACCUACCACGACUUCUACUACUACAACUCCGACUUCAACGACGUCCACUGAUUCUACCACGUCUACUACUAGUAGUACAACAUCUACUACUACAUCAACAACUUCUAUUCCCUCCACCGAUUCAACCACAUCUACAACCAUAACACCUACCACGACUUCUACUACUACAACUCCGACUUCAACGACGUCCACUGAUUCUACCACAUCUACUACAACGUCAACAACUUCUAUUCCCUCCACUGAUUCAACCACAUCUACUACUACAACACCUACCACGACUUCUACUACUCUUACUACCACAACCACCACAUCUACCACCUCUCCAAGUCCGACUACAACAUCAACAUCCACAAGUACCACUACUACUUCGAGCACAAGCACAUCAAGUUCUCCUGUUCCUCCACCCUGCGAAGUCUGCAUUCCCGACCCUGAUCACAACAGAUGUGAUGCGUCUGCAACCUGCAAUGAUUUCGGUGCACACAAUAACCAACCCCUUUGUGCUUGCUCACCUGGCUGGAAAAAUAGCGAAGGUCUCGGAUUCAGGCUACCCGAUGAUGUCGCUGCGCCUAAUUUCGAGUAUGAGGUUUUCGUGCCACUGGAGACUGUAUGUGAUGUGCAGUGUGAUUAUUAUAAUGUGGCUCCAGCUCAGCUCUGUUUGGAUGUGCCGGUUCUUGCAGAUCAAUGCACACUUGUGCCACUUUAG